UGGCAGAAUCUUGGAAUCGACAUCCAAACGGUUUUCUGUCUGGGAAUACAUUUCACAUGGGACUUUAUGAUGAGUGUAUUGAUAUACAUCGUCCAAUAAAAGGCCAGUAUUGUUUAUCCGAGAUAAAACUAAUACCGUCUGCAGAAAACUAUAUCAGUCACAACGAAGUACACAAUAGGAAUAACAUAGGAAGUUGGCAGAACGUACUUGGGUGGAUUGAUUACCCAGAUCAAAUUCAACGAAACAUUUUAAAUUUAGGAAUUUGCAUUCCGGAUUCUUGUUCAUCGUCAGAUUUACAAAGAACACUGCAAAAUGAAUUGGACAAAGUAUUCUUACAAGAACAAAUCAAAACUGUUGUUAAAGUAGACCCACAUCUAUGUACUGUUAAAGAAGAUAUAUACCCUAAGAGUAUAGGAUUUUAUAUAACAAGUGCCAUUUUUGUAGUGCUAAUUUUUCUUUGCUGUGUCGCUUCAAUACAUCAGUAUACAACAAUAUCUUGCCAACUAGAUACACCUAAUAACAAAAACUGUACCCAUUCAAUUUUCUAUUCAUUUUCGUUUAUUAAAAAUGGCAAAGAUUUAUGUAUGUACGACAAAAAAAGUAAAUUAAAUGUCAUUUAUGGAUUUAAACUUCUGAUAAUGUCAUUCAUCAUUUUUGGUCAUCGAUUAAUGUAUUUCGCUGGCAAUCCAAUGAAUAAUGUUAAAACUAUGGAAAAUAUGUAUAUCAAUGGACCAGACAUUAUAUUAACCAGCAUGAACUUAGUUGAUCCAUUUUUUUUCAUUAGUGGCUAUCUCAUUUACAUUACAAUCACUCCAGUAUUUCAAAAAUCUGAACCAACUUUGAUGAAAAUUGUAAAUCAGAUUACCUACAUAACAACAAAAAUAUUACCAGCAUACUGCGCAAUAAUGGUAAUCACCACAAAUAUCGUGCCAUUCCUAGGAGAUGGUCCGCUUUGGGCAAAAAGUACAGGGACUGAAGCCGAGAUAUGUAAAAACUAUUGGUGGACAAAUGUACUAUUUAUAAGUAAUUAUUUUGAUGCCAAAUACCAAUGUCUUAUAGGGAGCUGGUACAUAUCGUGUCAUAUGCAAUUUGUCAUAAUUGGAGUAAUUAUUGUUUGCGUUUAUACGAAGAAUGCUACAUACGGAGAAAUUUUAAAUGGUGUGUUGAUUGGUGUAUCGCUCUUAUUAUCAUUUAUUAUCACGUAUGUUGGGAAAAGAGAUGGAAUACUUAAAAUACAUUUGUUAUUCUUAAAAAAUCCAAGGGGUUCCAUUACAUUCAAUCAUUCCUAUAGAGAAACUCACAUGCGAGCAAUUCCUUUUUUGGUUGGGUUGGCAUCUGGGUAUAUUGUGAAAAAAUUGAAAGAAAAAAAAUUGAAAUUAUCACAAAAAACUGUCUAUGGUGGAACUACUCUUGUCACUUUGGUUUGUUUGUAUGUUCAACUUCUUGGAGCUGAAUUUUAUAAAAACAAAAGACCUUAUUAUCCAAUUGAACAUGCUUUGUAUCAAACUUUAAGUCAUUGUACAUGGACAAUAAUUUGUGUAUGGAUUUGUUUUUGCCACUUCACAACUGGUUAUGGGUUGCUUACAAAUGUAAUUUCAAAUAAAUUGAGUGUAAUUUUGGGAAAACUUACAUACAGUGUUUUCUUAGUCAAUUUUCCUGUUUUGCAAAUGUUACAGAUACAACAGAGGGUACCACUUUAUAUUUUGCCAUCAACUGUUUUGGAAAUGUGGAUCUAUGGUUUAUUUAAAUGUUAUUUGAUGGGUUUUAUAUUUUAUAUGAUUGUCGAAGCACCGUUUAUAAAUUUGACGAAGCAUUUGUUUGGACGAAG